GGCCAAACGUCGCGCGAGAUAACAGCACCCGAAAAAUGCGAUGCGUAAUUUGAGAAACGACGAGACGGACCACGGAGAGCAUUAGGAAGUGGUUGUGUGUUUGCUAAUUGAUUUCUAAAUACCGAACCGUGAUUGACUCUGCACCACUUUCCGUGGUGACCUGCAUGGGGCGAAUUCACGAAAUGAGCUAACGGCCACAGGUAAAAGUCAACCGCAGUGCAAGUGCAACGAAAGGUGGUGCGUGUCGGCAAAUGCAAAUGCAGUUCGUAUUCCGGUCAUCGGCGUGCGUUGUGUGACCUGCCCACUAACCUGCAGUAACGCAUAAAGUGCGCCACCGAAAGGUUCGAGAGCCGGUUGAUAAAUUAACUGCAAACUGUUCCCGGUUGGUGCCGUGCCGUCGGGUGUUGGCAGGGAAAAAAGAAGAAACAAUCACCUGCCUGAAGUUGAAAGUCAUCAACUGCGCCUUGUUUGCAAGUGCUCUGUUGAACGAGUCCUAUCGGUGUCGAAUCGAAAUAGCAACGUCGGUGUGGCGAAUCAGGGCCACCUUCACUAUCAUCACUAUCAGCAAAUUGCAAUUUAAGCUACCAAAAGUCGGCCGCUAGACCCGGGUUUAUCGUUGGUUUGAUAGGCUCUAGGCUUUGCGCUAGAAUCGGCCCCCGGCUCCCUGGAGGGUAGCGAGUCUGGACGUCAAGGGAGCUGCCGGUUUGGUUCGGAGGCGUGUGACGCGUGGCACAACGAAAUUAGCCCUCGAAAUCGGAAAUUUCGCGUCUCGGUGAAACACGAAAGGGAGGCACAUAUUUCACCAUAGACACGGAGAACGUUCAAAGGUCGAUUAAACUGCUGGAAGCAGCACGGACGUCACUACCCCGUAGACGUUGGAAUCGAUAACAUCGAUAACACAAAAUUGUUUUCGUGGGAGGCUCAGAGGAUUUGCACGGUCGAACCAUUGCGAUCGAGAGCACAGAAUAAGAACAUUGUGGACUGGAACAAUCGCAUGGAAACCAUGACUAUACAAGCUAACCUUCCUUCGGAACCGGUGUGGUGUCUGGACCGCCGGAACUCUGGCCAUAUGUUUUGGCGCCGGGAGUCAUCGAGGGUGAAGUUCCGCUGCGAUGUGGAAGUGCUUGAGUUUACCAAAGAACCCCACGAAGACCAACCGGUUAUAACGGACAGCGUCGUACCGCGGAGAGGUGACCCGAGUGGCCUACUGGCAAACAUACUGGUCGUGUGCGCCACAUGCCUGGCUGCCGUCGUCGUUGUAGUGCUGCCAUGGCUCUUGAUCGGACCUGCAUAAAUCGGAUUCCUCCUCGGAUGGCCCCGGAAACCACCCUGUUGCGACACCAGAUAUGUCAACGAAUGCAGGACAUAGUCGAAGGUAGUCAAGCUGAAUCGAUGGUGGCGGGCACGUUGUGCUUUGUGUCUCCAGGGACACACGGGCAACAUGAUUGUGAUAGCUGUCCCUAGCUGUGCCUCUGGUUAGGGACAUUUGUUUCUCCCGAACAAUUUUUACUAGCUCGUAAGGCGCGUGUGUAUCUGAGGAAGGUUCAUUCUGGGUUGUUUUCACGUAGAUGGUGAAGUAGCGUGCAACAUUUUAUAAACCGUAUCAACUAAUUGGUUUCGAUAAACCAUAAACUUCAUAUCAUUGCUAAAAGGCAACUUCAAACGGAUCCGAUACGCACUAAGUGAUUAGGCUAGGCUUAAGUCGCACCGAACUAGGGAUCGUAUGAAAUAUGAUCAUAGUCGUAAGUUCUGUUGAAAUGUUGCAAAAGCAUGUCUGAGUCUGAUGGUAAAUGGGAACAAGAUAAUGUUACAGCAGCACAGUUGUAAAUACGUACGAAAUCGACAAUAAAAUGAA